AUGUCGGGCGUGACGGAUCUGCCAUUUCGCAAGCUUGCCGCGCGGUAUGGCGCCGGCAUGGUCGUCAGUGAAAUGGUGGCCAGCGAAUCCUUUGUGAAAGGGGAUGCCGAAACCCAGAUGCGCGCCGAAGCCCAGAAUGGCGGACUGCACGUUGUUCAGCUCGCCGGCCGGGAAGCCCGCUGGAUGGGUGAGGCAGCCAAGGUCAUCGCAGACAUGGGUGCCGAUGUGAUCGACAUCAAUAUGGGAUGCCCCGCCAAAAAGGUGACCUCAGGUUAUUCCGGGUCGGCGUUGAUGCGAAACCUGGAUCAUGCGCUGACGCUCAUUGAAGCGACAGUUGAAGCUGUCGAUGUUCCGGUGACCGUAAAGAUGCGGCUGGGUUGGGACGACAGGUCUCUCAACGCAGCUGAGCUGGCGCGACGCGCAGAGAACGCUGGUGUUCAGUUGAUUACCGUCCACGGCCGGACACGUUGCCAAUUCUACAAGGGGACGGCGGACUGGUGCGCAAUCGGGGACGUUAAAAGGGCGAUUUCGCUGCCAUUGAUUGCCAACGGCGACUGCAAGAGCAUCGAGGACGCGGAAGCCAUGCUCGAAGCCUCCAGCGCUGAUGGUGUGAUGAUCGGACGGGGCGCUUAUGGCCGUCCUUGGCUUCCGGGGCAUGUCGGGCAUUAUCUCGCGACAGGAGAAAAGCUUUCUCCGCCUUCGGGGCACGAGCUCGCAGAUCUCGUCUCGGAACACUACGAGUCAAUUCUUGGUCACUACGGACAGUUCGCAGGUGUGCGCAUCGCCCGCAAACACCUGGGCUGGUAUCUCGACGAGGCGUGUUUGCUUGGAGGAGAUCAGAUGCCUGGAGCGGAACGGAGGGCUCUCAUGACCUCGAACCAGCCAUCAGAAAUUUUGCGCCUUGCAUCAGAUUGUGAAAUGACAUCCGAGAGCGCCAGAGCGGCCUUGCUCGCAAGUGACGGACCUACCAUUUUGGAUGCGCUGCCGCACCCGGUCCUGCUUGUCGCCCCUGACGGUGUGAUCGAAUCCGCCAAUAUGGCAGCCGAGAUAUUCAUGCGGUCGAGCGCGUCCUUUCUCCGGCGCCAUCCCAUCAGUGAAUUUGUCCCCUUCGGCAGUCCCCUGCUGACGUUGAUCGAUCAGGUUCGUGAAAGGGCUGCUCCGGUCAACGAGUACAAGGUGGAUAUCGGUUCGCCCCGCAUCGGCGCACCCAAGAUUGUCGACAUCAACGCAGCCCCGGUCGCCGAUCGUCCCGGCGCGGUCGUGUUGAUGUUUCAAGAACGCACAAUGGCUGAAAAAAUCGAUCGGCAACUGACUUCGAGAGGCGCAGCGAGAACCGUAACGAGCCUUGCCGCGAUGCUGGCGCACGAGAUCAAGAAUCCCUUGUCGGGAAUCAGAGGUGCGGCCCAAUUGCUCGAGCAAUCUGUUGUAGAUGACGACAGAUCCCUGACACGGCUCAUCAUGGACGAAACAGACCGUAUCGUAAGACUGGUCGACCGCAUGGAGGUCUUUUCCGAUGAGCGGCCUAUCGAACGGGACCCGGUCAACAUUCACGUCGUCCUGGAUCGCGUAAAAAGCCUCUCCGACAAAGGGUUUGCGCGCGACAAGCGAAUUGUUGAAAUCUAUGACCCGUCUCUGCCGCCGGUCUAUGCGAACAAGGACCAGCUCAUCCAGGUUUUUCUGAAUCUGGUCAAGAAUGCCAGUGAGGCAAUCGGCGAUGACCCGGAUGGAGAAAUCCGGAUUUCAACGGCCUUUCGUCCAGGCGUCAGGCUGUCUGUGCCCGGCACCGAGGCCCGCGUGAGCCUGCCGCUGGAGUUUUGCGUGCAGGACAAUGGUCCCGGCGUUCCUGACGAUCUACUGCCGCACCUUUUCGAACCCUUCAUCACGACCAAGACAAACGGGUCCGGACUGGGCCUCGCACUGGUUGCCAAGAUCAUUGGGGAUCACGGCGGCGUCAUCGAGUGCGACAGCCAGCGCGAAAGAACCGUUUUCCGCAUCCUGAUGCCGGCUUUCACCGAAGAUGACGACGCUGCCAUUCGCACCGUUCUCAAUCAAGCGCUGUCCAGGGCGGGAUAUACGGUUCGCCUGACCUCGAACGCCUCGACGCUCUGGCGUUGGAUCUCGUCCGGUGACGGGGAUCUGGUGAUUACCGACGUCGUGAUGCCGGAUGAAAACAUCUUUGAUGUCCUGCCACGCAUGAAAAAAAUGCGGCCCGAGUUGCCUGUGCUGGUGAUGAGUGCCCAGAACACCUUCAUGACGGCAAUCAAGGCGUCCGAAAAAGGUGCUUAUGAGUACCUGCCAAAGCCCUUUGAUCUGAAAGAGCUCACGAACAUCGUCCAGAGGGCCAUGGAGGAGCCCAAGAAACGGCCGGCGCUUGACAUGGACGAUGCAGGUGAGGGUAUGCCGCUCGUGGGCAGAUCGCCAGCGAUGCAGGAGAUCUAUCGCGUCCUGGCGCGCCUUAUGCAAACCGACCUGACAGUGAUGAUCAAUGGGGAGUCUGGAACCGGCAAGGAACUCGUGGCACGCGCGCUCCAUGACUAUGGCAAGCGGCGAAACGGUCCGUUCGUGGCAAUCAACAUGGCCGCAAUACCUCGUGACCUGAUCGAGGCUGAAUUGUUCGGGCACGAGAAGGGAGCGUUUACCGGCGCUCAGAACCGCAGUUCGGGCCGCUUUGAGCAGGCAGACGGUGGUACUUUGUUCCUCGAUGAAAUCGGCGACAUGCCGAUGGAGGCACAGACUAGGCUUCUGCGCGUCUUGCAACAGGGCGAGUACACGACCGUUGGCGGGCGUACACCGAUCAAAACCGAUGUUCGCAUUGUUGCGGCGACGAACAAGGACCUCAGGCACCUGAUCAAUCAGGGCCUGUUUCGGGAAGACCUGUAUUUCAGGUUGAAUGUGGUUCCAAUCCGACUGCCUCCGCUGCGCGAACGGGUUGAGGACAUCCCGGAUCUGGCGCGCCAUUUUUUCUCCCUCGUGGAAAAGGAAGGCCUGCAGGCCAAACAGAUAGAUCAGGGCGCGCUGAACAUGCUUCGGCGCUACCGUUGGCCGGGAAACGUGCGAGAACUGGAAAACCUCGUCCGCCGUCUCGCAGCGCUCUACCCGCAGGAUGUUAUCAGUGAAAGCCUUCUGGAGCAGGAACUCAGCCAGCAGGAAACUGCGACGGCAACAGAGGAAGUCACCGAGACAAUCAAUUUGGGAGGAGCCGUCGAGAGAUAUCUUUCCGGAUACUUUGAUACCUUUGGGGAGGCACUUCCACCUCCGGGGCUUUACCACCGCAUUUUACGGGAAGUCGAAUAUCCAUUGAUCAGUGCAGCACUGGCCGCGACCCGGGGUAAUCAGAUCAAGGCGGCAGAGCUCCUGGGUGUCAAUCGAAAUACCUUGCGGAAAAAGAUCAGGGAUCUGGACAUUCAGGUUCUGCGUUCGGCUCGAUAA